AGUUGCAAACGGAGUGUCAGACGAGGCGGUUCACUUAAAAGCCACUUAGCAUUCAACUUACUUGUUAGAUCAAGCGCGAACCUAGAAUCAAAAAAUUUUUUUUUUAACUUUUUUUGUUGUUUGAGUUCACGAGUUUUUCACGCAGAAGAAAUGACAAUCUAUGGACUGUUGGUGCAGAUCAUAAUCGUUUGUAACUAGCCUUCCGAAGAGUCCGAGGAUAUCCAAGGAGGAGGAGCAAAAAUGGCACCGCCCCAAGAGCAACCGGAGGAUGAUAUUACCACCAAGAUACCCUCGAUAAUUGGAUUCCUGAACUUGGACUGACUGGCAACAGGCGAAGCUUUGGCCCCCCAAUUCCAAGAUGAAGAGCUGACCUAGAGAGCCAAGGCUGAAUCGCGAGAACUAUGGGUACAGAUCUUAGUCAUAUCAUAAUGGUUAAGAAAUGGAUCACGAAACGCAUAAAUAAACGAGAAAUGUAAACGAAUUUAUUGGUUGAUUUUUGAACUGCCUGAAAGUCGGCAAUGGGCUGUGGAAAUAACCCAAAGAAAUAUGUUUUUAUUGGUGGCAAUACUAUUCUAGUGACAGUGACAGAAACCAAAAACUGACUACUGAGUCUCAGAGAGAGAUGGGGAAAAAAGCAAAGUAGGUAAUAAUGACGGCACGGACAAAAAAAUAUGUAAAGCCGAGCGACGAUCUGAUCUGUGAACUGGCUACCAUCCUAGGCCGGCAAUCGAAAAGCAGUCCUGGUGAAACGAACCCAUCGAAGCCAUCGCAUCCAUCGACAUUCAUCGAAGAGGGUAAUCCCAAGCAGGCCACGAGCAGGACGAGAAGAAGGACGUCGAGGAACGGGCACAAGGAGCGGAAUUGGAAGCUGUCCUCGAGGAACUCUUCCCGGAGGCAGAAGAAAUGUAUUCGGCGGUGAAGCCGCUCUCCAAGUAUCUGCAAUUCAAGUCGAUCCGCAUCUACGACGCCGUCUUCACCAUCCACUCCAAGUGCACGGUGGUCAUCCUGCUCACCUGUUCGCUCCUCCUGUCGGCGCGCCAAUACUUCGGGGAUCCGAUCCACUGCAUCAGCGAGGAGAAGAACAUCGAGUACAUACAGUCCUACUGCUGGACCAUGGGCACCUACAUCCUCAAGCUGGACGCCAGCGUCGGCGGGCAGCAGCUGCCGGUUCAUCCGGACCAUGAGGGAUCGGGAACCUCCUCUGCCACUUCCCCAGCCUCCUCCACCACAUCGCACUCGAUGUGGAAGAGCCGCUCCAGAUACCGCUCCAGAUCGAGCCUCCGCCGUAUGGGGGAGUACAACGAGGCCUAUGCCAGGGCCAUGUCGAUAGCCGAGGGCGUGGGCCCUGAGGUACGGGGCCACUCGGAGCGGGAGUACCUGCGCUACUACCAGUGGGUCAUCAUCCUGCUGCUCUUUCAGGCCUUCGUCUUCUAUUUCCCCUCGUGCCUGUGGAAGGUGUGGGAGGGCCAGCGGCUGAAGCAGCUCUGCUCGCAGGUCGGCGAGGCCCUGCUCUCGGAGGAGACCUACAACACCCGGCUGCGGCUGUUGGUCAAGUACUUCACCACCGACUACGAGGACAUGCACUUCUGCUACAUGGCCAAGUACGUCUCCUGCGAGAUCCUCAAUUUCCUCAUCAGUGUGGUGAACAUAAUCGUUUUGGAGGUCUUCCUAAACGGAUUCUGGUCGAAGUACCUCCAUGCCCUGGCCACCAUUCCGUUCUACGACUGGGACCGCUGGAACCGCGUGUCGUCGAGUGUCUUCCCCAAGAUCGCCAAGUGCGAGGUGCUCAAGUUCGGGGCCAGCGGAACGACCAGUAUUAUGGACAACCUGUGCAUCCUGCCGCUGAACAUCCUCAACGAAAAGAUCUUCGUCUUCCUGUGGGCCUGGUUCCUCCUGAUGGCCCUGAUGUCCGGCCUGAAUCUUCUCUCUCGGCUGGCCAUGAUCUGCAGCAGAUAUCUCCGCGAGCAGAUGAUACGCAGCCAGCUGCGCUUCAUGACCAAACGGCAUGUGAAGCGCGCCCUGCGCGACCUCACCAUCGGGGACUGGUUCCUCAUGAUGAAGGUCAGCGUCAAUGUUAAUCCCAUGCUCUUCCAGGAUCUCAUGCAGGAGCUGUGCGAGCUGCGCACCUCCUCCUCGGCCAGCAGCCUGGAGAGCCCUGUCUAGGAUUUCUUACAACAAUUGUAAUCCAUAUGGAUCAGGAUCAGCAGAUCGCCUGGAUGACCUUCGACCAGUUGACGUUGCCGUCGUUCGAUGAUUCGCGCGUUUUUGCUUACAUACAUGUGGAUAUUACAUAUAUUUCCUCCCUUCACCUUUGCAAAUACUCUACUUAUGUUUUGUAAACAUGUGAGCUAUAUGGUAUUGUAUAC